CAUGGUCCACAUUCCACAUCAACUUUGGAGCAACUUCUUCCCCACUUCUAUAUAUGGAGGUAUCAUCACCAUGGCUAAUAUUCAACACACAACACAUAUUAUAGUUCACAUUAUCUUGCAGUUCUGUUAAACAAUAAUCCUGAAUUUUCAGCAAAAAGAAAUGGCUGAUGAAGUUGUCCUUUUGGAUACAUAUGUGAGCAUGUUUGGGGUGAGGGCUAGGAUUGCACUGGCUGAAAAAGACAUACAGUAUGAAUACAAAGAGCAGGAUUUGUUGAACAAAACCCCUCUUCUCCUACAAAUGAACCCAAUUCACAAGAAAAUCCCAGUCCUGAUUCACAAUGGAAAACCAAUAUGUGAAUCCCUAAUUAUUGUUGAGUAUAUAGAUGAAGUUUGGAAGAAUAAAACCCCUUUCAUGCCUUCUGAUCCUUACAUGAGAGCUCAAGCUAGGUUUUGGGCUGAUUAUAUUGACAAAAAGAUUUAUGAGAGUGGAAAGAAAAUGUGGACAUCAAAAGUGGAGGACCAAGAAGCAGCCAAUAAAGAAUUCAUAGAGUGCUUGAAGUUAUUGGAAGGGGAGUUAGGAGACAAGACAUACUUAGGAGGAGAAAGUUUUGGAUUUGUGGAUAUAGCCCUUAUGCCUUACUAUAGCUGGUUCCCUGCUUAUGAGAAAUUUGGCAACUUUAGCAUAGAAGCAGAGUGUCCUAAGAUUGUGGAAUGGGCAAAAAAAUGUAUGCAAAAGGAGAGUGUCUCAAAGUCUCUUGCUGACUCUGACAAAGUCUAUGAUUUUAUUGUGAUGGCAAGACAAAAGUGGGGCAUUGCCUAAAGACAAAAGAAGGAUCUAGAGUGGGUUUUGCGAUCAAGUAAACUUGUUGUUUCUUGUUCUUACUAUGUUUUCAUAUAUAAAUAAUUUUAAAAAGUAUGCAUUUAAUAAGAUCACGCACAUUCUGAAUAAGUGUUUUGAGCUGUUAGACAUCCAUUAUUCUUUUUCCUUUUCCUUUCUUUCGAAAUAGAGAGGAAACCCGAAAGGUUGUGUUUGUGUUGAUUUGGUGUGCUUUGUGUAGCAAGUAGUAAAAUAGUAUUUACUACUUGGCAUUUUAUACAAUGAAUAAUGUAAUAUUUGGAGGUUUUGCUUGCUAUUAAGAAACUCUUUUAUGUCU